AAAAAAAUAAAAGAAGGAGGAAAUGGAAAAAGCGUCAAAAAUAGAAAAAACAAAAAAAGAAAACAAUUGCACCGUCUAUGUCGGCGACUUAUCUCUCAAGGCUGUUGAAUCGGAUCUUUACAAGAUCUUCAGCACUGUUGGCUCCAUUAUAACGAUCAAACUGGUCAAGCCGGCCAUGGAUAACUUUCCAAACUACACGACGUGUUACGCUUACGUUCUCUUUUCCCAGGAGGAGGAGGCAUUGGAGGCGGUGAAUAAGCUCAAUUUCUUCAAAGUGCACGACAAGGAGAUGCGUGUGAUGCUGUACGACAAGGAGCGGAUCAAGAGCAUGGAUCGCGGCAAUAUCGUAAUCAAGAACUUGUCUGCAGAUUGCGACAGCAAAACGCUCCAUGAUACGUUUUCGAUUUUUGGUGAGAUUCUGAGCUGCAAAGUUGCGCUGAACUCACAAGGAAAAUGCAAAGGCUUUGGCUUCGUUCAGUUUAAGAACAAGAACGGCGCUAGAAAGGCGCUGAAGUUCGGAACAGAAAUGCAAAUGGACGGGCAUGCAAUAAAAGUGGAGAAAUAUGAAAAAAAUUACAAGAUAAAGACGGGCAGCAGGGCCUUUACCAAUGUGUUUUUCAAGAACUUUCCCUUGACUACCACCGAACAAGAGAUGAAGGACAUCUUCAUGAGCAUCGGCAAAGUGUCAUCUUUUUAUUUUGCUGCCAAGCCCGAUGGAACACUGAGAGGAUUCGGCUUUGCUAACUAUGAAAAUGCAACUGAUGCUCAGCGGGCUAUCGAUGAACUCUCCGGUAAGGACGUUUUUGAGGGAAAAUAUCCCGAACCGUUCUAUGUGCAGCAAGCGCAGACAAAACAACAGCGCUUAGACUCGCUGAGCUCAGCAUUUGAGAAGCUCAGUAUGAGUGGGCUCAAUUACAAGAGGAAUCUCUACGUAACACGGUUGCCGAAUACGUACGGUAAGGAGGAGGUGCAGGAGCUUUUCAGUCAGUUUGGAAAGGUGAUUUCAGUAUGUGUUGGCAAAGACAACGUUGUUAAUGAGGACAAGAACUGGGCAUAUGUGUGCUUCUCCACGGCUGACGAGGCCAGCAUAGCCGUUGAGAAAGGCAACGAGAUCUACAUUGAUUCGGUCAAGAUCAACAUCACGUACUUCAAGAGCAAGAACGAGCGCGAACAGGAUUACAUCAAUGACAACAUGCAGCGAUAUGCGCUUAAGACAGGUUUUCGGCAGAGCAUCGGCCGACCAACAUCUUUCCUGUUCAAAAAGACUGAUACUCUCCGCUAUAAUUUGCAGCGAAAGACGUACGAUAAGAAGCAAAUGGGAGGCGAUCUGUACGGUCUUGUGCUCUCGCUGGCGCCAACAUUCCAGCAAAAGUGGAAGAACCUAGGGAUCAAGGAUGAGGAAGAAUUUGCAACCAAGAUUACAGACCUGCUUCUCAAGCGGUCGUCGACCGAAGUGCGAAACAUGAUAGGACUGGGAAAUGUUCUUACCCAGAAUAUUUCGGACACUCUGAACGACUUUAAUGAGGUGAGCUGCUGCGAUGGAAAGGAGAAUCUCUGAAGUAAACGAUGAGUUAUUCCAUUUUUUCUUGUGUUUGAGGUGUUUGCACCACGAGUUCUGUUAUUCCUUGCACGUUUCUGUGGUUAGUCGCGGGCACUUGCGUUCUUGAUUUGGUUGCUGGGUCCUCGCGCACUCGCCAGGCAAGGAUGCGUUAUCAAGGAGUACAAUUCUUGCUUUAAAACGUACAAUUUUGCUUAACAUGCAUAUCUCAGCGGGUACAUUUCAUUCCAAGAUGCGUAUUAUUAGCUACGUCUGUGAGGCAGAGAAAGGUGUGUGGUGUAUCGUAGCAUAG